AUGGAGACCAAUUCGACGACAUUUGCAGAAAAGCUUAUGGGAAGCUUCUCGAUUGUGGUACCACUGUUCGUGGCCUUUUCCUGCUAUGGCUCCAUGAAUGGCUGCAUCUUCGCAUUGUCAAGGAUGUUCUAUGUAGCUGCCCGCGAAGGACAGCUGCCGAGAGUUUUGUCUAUGAUCCACAUUCGCAGAAACACUCCCCUGGCUGCUGUGCUCAUCAUGUACCCUAUGACCAUGCUCCAGCUGUUUGUAGGGGACAUCUACAGCUUGUGAACUUCAUGAGCUUCCUCCCGCUGGCUCUUCAUUGGUGUAGUGGUUCUGGGUCUAAUCUACCUCCGAUAUAAAAAACCCAACCUCCCUCGACCCUUUAAGGUUCCUCUCUUCAUCCCUGUCAUAUUCUGCUUCACGUGUUUCUUCAUGGUCUUCCUGUCUCUCUACUCCGACCCUGUGAACACUGGAAUUGGAUUUGCCAUUUCCCUUACUGGCAUACCAGCAUACUACAUCCUCCUUCGCUUCAACCGUAGGCCACUGUGGAUUCAGAGGACAUAUGAUUCCUUCAACAGAUCUCUGCAGAUCCUCCUGGAGGUCGUCCCAGCGGACCAAUAACCAACACCACUUCGUCAUCCCUUUAAAUCACAUGAAACCAAAGGCUACUAUGAACCUGAAUUGAGUAUUGGCGUUCUAUAUAAAAGAUUGUGUCUGCUCAAUGUAAGCUCCCACAACUUGUUUUGUGCUUUUGCUUUAUUAAACAAGUAAUAGUAACAACAAUUUACUUCUUAUUAGAUUUUGAGAACUUUUUAAAGAUUAUGUUACACUAGACUUUCUGAACCACACAGAUUCACUGCACAUAAAGUACAGUACUAAUGCGGAUCCAUCAUCACAUCCUCUCUAGAAACCUUUAUCCCACCAUCUCACUUCAGUCGAAUUCUGUGUGUCUAUCGAUAGGUUUAACUUUUUAGUCUUAACAUUUAAAUGACAUUAAAAUAAUA